AUGGCGGGCGGGCGGCGGGCGGUGCUGGCGGGGCUGCUGGCGCUGGGCUCGGUGGUGCUGGUGCUGGUGGCCGCCGUCCUGCUCCGCGCCUUCGUCCUGCGAGCCCCGGCUGGGGUCCCGCGGCUCUGGGCACGGAGCGCCGGCACCGCCGCCCUCAGCGCUGCCGAGCGGCGGGAGCUUAAGGAGGCGCUGCGAGGGGCCAUUCAAAUCCCAACUGUGGCCAGGUCUCCAGAGGAUCUGAACACGACUGCCAUGGCAGAAUUUGGGAGUUACAUUCAGAAAGUCUUCCCAGCUGUAUUUUCCUCAGAGUUCAUCCAGCAUGAAGUUGUUGGGGAGUACAGCCACCUGUUCACAGUGCAGGGCUCUGCCCCUGGCCUGCUGCCCUACAUGCUGCUGGCACACAUGGACGUGGUGCCUGCUCCCCCCCAGGGCUGGCAUUUCCCUCCUUUCUCAGCUGCAGAGCACCAAGGUUUCAUCUAUGGAAGAGGAACUCUGGAUAACAAAAACUCUGCCAUUGGCAUCCUGCAAGCUCUGGAAUUCCUGCUGAGGAGGAAUUACCGACCGCGCCGCUCCUUCUAUAUCGGCAUUGGCCACGAUGAGGAGGUGUCUGGCCUGAAGGGAGGAAGGAAAAUCGCAGCUCUGCUGGAGGCCCGGGGAGUGCAGCUCUCCUUCCUGCUGGAUGAGGGCAGUGCUGUGCUGGAUGGCAUCAUUGCAGGGGUGAAGAAACCCGUGGCUGUGAUUGCUGUCACAGAAAAAGGGUCAAUGACACUGAACUUCACUGUGGAAAAAGAGCCAGGACAUUCAUCCUUUCCUCCUAAGGAGACAAGUAUUGGCAUUCUGGCAGCAGCCAUGUCCAGGCUGGAGCAGAAUCCCUUGCGCAACCUGUUUGGCCACGGCCCAGAGCUCAUGACCAUGGAGCACCUCGCAGCAGAGUUCAAAUUUCCUCUCAACAUCAUCAUGAGCAAUUUGUGGCUGUUCUCACCUAUUGUCAGCAGAGUCCUUGCCUCGAAACCUUCCACCAAUGCCUUGAUCCGAACGACCACUGCAGUCACCCUGUUUAAUGCAGGGAUCAAGGUGAAUGUCAUCCCUUCCUCUGCCAGAGCCACAGUGAACUUCAGGAUCCACUCAGCUGAGACAGCUGCUGAGGUGCUGGAGGCAGUCAGGAGCACCAUUGCUGAUGACAGAGUGAAGAUUGAUGUGGUGGAGGCCUUUGACCCCCUGCCCAUCAGCCCUUGGGAUGAGCAGACAUUUGCAAUCCAUAUUUUUCAAAGAACCAUCCUGGACACUUUCCCAGAUGUUGACAGUGUAGUCCCAGGCACGUGCAUUGGAAACACGGACAGCAGGCACUUUACCAACAUCACCAGGGCCAUUUACAGGUUCAACCCUGUGCUCCUGAGGCAGGAUGAUCUCCCCAGGAUCCAUGGCUUGAAUGAGAGAAUCUCCAUUGAGAAUUAUGAGAAACAGGUGGAGUUCCUGUUCCAGCUGAUCAAGAACUGUGACACUGAGACCCUUCCAGAGCCCCAUGCCAGCUCCCACGAGCUCUGAGAGACUUCAGGGCAGAGCAGCUGCUCUGGGCUCUGGGACAGAGGGGCUGAAGGUGCUCUUGUGUCUUGGGUACUGAAUUGGGGUUUAUUUUUAUAUUGUGGUUUACAUACAGAUGGGAGAAGUGCUGGCAAAAGCCAACAAAUAACUCUGAUUUCUGCUCUCUGUGGUCUCAUGUGCAGCCCUUCAUCUGACACGAGUUUUUUUCAGCACUUUAAGCCUUUGAAAUUGGUAAUCACUAAAAAUCUAAGUUAUAAUCACCUCUGGAAGGUGAAUCAUCCUGACAAACUCAGUUUUUCUGGUGAAUGGAUCUUGCUCAGGUGAGGUUUGUGCCAGAAACUCCCAGGGAGGGUUGGUGAGUGGAGAAAGGUUCCUGUCACUGGCACAGCCACCCUGAGAGGUUCUUGGGCUGCUUCCCUGGGGAUUCUCCCUGGGGAUUUUCCCUGGGGAUUCUCUCCUGGGAUCUCUCUCACCAGCAUCCCUGCUACCCUGAGCCAGUGGCAGUGUUCACUCCCAUGCUGCACUCAUUUCUCACUCUGUUUUCAGCCACUCCACAAUUUUUAUGUUGUUGUAACUGAGGAGGUGCUGGAAACUUUUCCUUCCAUCAUUUAGUGAUUAUUUUUUUUCCCCUUCCCUGACUCAUGCUGUGGCUCAAGGUGUGUUGUGCAACUGGGUGUCAGAAUAAGGGACUGCAGCUUGAAAUGAGGAAUUAAAUCCUUGUCUCCUCCUCUCUUUUCUCACUGAGUCAGUUCAUGCUCCUCUGAGAAUUUGAUUGUGAAAAAUGUGCAGCCCUUCAGUUCAGAGGGGUCAGAGGUUUGUUCCUUCACUGCCAGUGCUCAGUUUUUUGGGAAUGCUGGGGUAGGCAGGCCAUGGAUGUUGACUCUGCCUCAUCUUGCACUUCUUGCCUACCUAUGACAGCACCAAAGGGUUCAGCAUUCUUUUGGCCUUGACAGCUGGGGUUACCAGUAUUAAUCAGACAAAUAAUUUAUUUAAUCAGUUAAUUAAAUUAAUUCUAUCACUAGAUAGUUGACAAAGGGAUGUUAGCCAAAGAAAAACCUGAAAGCUGCUGUGUGACAGGGACUGUGCUGCAGGCACCAGUGCAGCUCCUCCUGCUGCACAGAUGUUUUUCAGAACUUAAAUAGUGCACUGAAAUGGGUGGAUGUUCUGUAAAUUCAUACUGUGAAAUGUGCUGGAAUGUACAGGAAAUACUCUGAAAUGUAUCCUGAAAAACACUGAUGGAACUGUGAUUCCAAUUCUUUCCGUUCACCUCUCGUAUUUAUUUGAUCUUAUCACUGUGACCAGAGGGCUCCAACUGUAUCACUACUGAAUAAUUAAAACAAAAUUGACAGUUUCAUCUAAUAAAAUGAGGAAUGAGAA